UGCAUACAUACAUACCCAAACACAUAAAAACAAAUACUACGUGAUGAGAUUUCAUGAGGACGUUCACAACACCAGCCUCACUCUCAGCCUUGGAUCCCAUGAAGAUGAUGAUGAUGAUGAUGAUGAUGAUCACAUCCAUGCACAUCAUCAUCUUCAUCAAAACAAGAAGAGACCUUCAAGGGCUGCCCGGAUGAUGAUGAUGAUAUGUGAAGACACCCAUCAUCCAUCCCUUUCGCUUGCGCUGCGGCCUUUGGAACUCGUCAAGCGCGACGUUUCCGAUGAUGAUGAUCAUGAAGAAGAGUUUUGUACGAGGAAGAAACUUAGGUUGUCCAGAGACCAGUCAGUGGUUCUAGAACACAGCUUCAAACAGCACACCACUCUUAAUUCUAAACAAAAGCAUGACUUGGCGAGAAGACUAAUUCUAAGUCCACGACAAGUUGAGGUCUGGUUCCAGAAUCGAAGGGCCAGGACGAAAAUCAAACAAACAGAAGUGGACUAUGAGCUGCUAAAGAAGUGUUUCGAAGCACUCAAGGAUGAGAACAAAAGGUUGCAAAGGGAAGUGGAAGAGCUGAAACGUUUUGAAUGCAACCAAACUUGCCCUUCUUGUAUGUGUGAGAGGUCGUCAUACGGUGGCUUGGCCGUGGAUGACGGCUCAGCCAAAUCUUCCCUCUCAACCACCACCCGACAAAAAACCUCGUACUAAUUAAUUACGACUCGUAUGGAAUGAAAAGCAGUAGGUAUA